ACUUCCCAGUUCCCAAACCACCAAAAGCGACAGCAACAACAACAACCGCUCCUCCUCGUGCUCUCGAAUCCCCUCCGGCAGAUCCAGAUCCAGCUCCACACCGCAGCCAAAAGCCCCCUUCCCUUCCCUUCAUUCCCACCUCCUCUCCCUUCUCCUCCUCUCCCCGCCGCCGCCAUGGAGCACCCGUCGCAGCAGCAGCAGCCGGCGGGGGCGGCCUCCUACGCGAGCCCCAACGCGUCCUCCUCCUCCUACCCGUCGAGCUACACCAAGUUCAACACGGCGCUCAACGCCGGGCUCCUCAACCCCAUGUCGCCUCCGCCACUCCCGCUCGACAGCAAGACCCGCUCCAGCCCCACCCUCUUCGACAUGAUGGCCAACGAGCAGGACUACCACCCCCGCACCCACCCCUCCACCACCCUUCCCUCCGCCCCGCCCCAGCACCACCACCAUCUAGCCCCGGCGCGGUCCAGCUCCAUGGACCGGCAGCUGCUCCUGCAGGACCGGCUCGCCGACCUGGCCGCCAGCUGCAGCCCCGGCAGCCAGUUCAACCGCGCCGACUCCUCCGACGUGCGCCUCACACUGGCUUCCAAGGACGGCCUCUCCCUCACCCUCUCCCUCCACCGCCACAUCCUCGUCGCCCACAGCCGCUUCUUCGCCGCCAAGCUCUCCGACCGCUGGUCCAGGCAGCAGCGGACCCUGCCCCACGUCGUCGAGAUCUCCGACUGCGACGACGUCGAGGUCUACGUCGAGACGCUCCGCCUCAUGUACUGCAACGACCUCCGCAGGCGCCUCAUGCGGGAGGACGUCGCCAAGGUCCUCGGCAUUCUCAAGGUGUCUGCGGCCAUCGUGUUCGAUGCCGGAGUGCUUUCGUGCUUGGAGUAUCUGGAGGCGGCUCCCUGGGCGGAAGACGAUGACGAGAAAGUAGCUGCGUUGUUGACGCAGCUCCAUCUCGAGAACUCCGGCGCUGGGGAGGUGCUCAAGAGGGUGUCACUCGAGCUGGCGCCUUCUGCGGUGACCGAGGAGGUGGAAGUGGGCAAUGGCGGCGGUAACGUGGGUGGUGGUGGUGGUGAGGAGGUGUUGGUCAGGCUCCUGCAGGUUGUCCUGGAGGGGAAGGACGAGAAGGCGAGGAGGGAGAUGAAGGGCCUCGUGUCCAAAAUGCUCAGGGAGAACAGCGCGUCGCGUGGCGGGGCCAUUGGCGGCGACCUCCGCAAGGAGUCGCUCUAUUCUGCCUGCAAUGGCUGCUUGUGCCUGCUGCGUGAGCAGUUUGAGAGGGCUGCGGGAGGUGACCACUCACAGGUGGCGCAGAUUGCUAGGCAGGCUGACAACCUCCAUUGGAUGCUUGACAUUCUUGUCGAGCGCCAGGUCGCUGAGGAGUUCUUGAGGACAUGGGCGGCUCAGGACGAGUUGGCGGAGAUCCACGGUAAAGUUCCGGCGAUACAUCGUUAUGAAGUGAGCCGGGUGACGGCAAGGCUCUUUGUCGGGGUUGGCAAGGGGCAGAUUUUGGUGUCCAAGGAGGCUCGCGCCCAGCUCCUGUGUACCUGGCUUGAGCCCUUCUACGAGGACUUUGGAUGGAUGCGGCGAGCGUGCAAGGGGCUUGACCGGCAUCUGAUUGAGGAUGGACUGGCAAACACGAUCCUUACGCUGCCGCUUGCGACUCAGCAGGAGAUCUUGCUUGCGUGGUUCAAUAGGUUCCUCAACUCGGGGGAGGACUGCCCAAACAUUCAGAGAGGCUUCGAGGUAUGGUGGCGGCGCGCGUUCUGGAAAAGGAAUGCCGAACCAGAGCAACCACCCCGGCUGAGAAUCACAGCAAUCUGCGAGAAUUCUUGAUGAAGUUGAUCCAACUUGGGACACGGAGGUGGCUGAUGCCUUGAUGUAAAGGUUAAUUUGGUAUGAUAGUUGUGUUCUGACUGUCUCGUUGAGUUCUCUGCAAUUAUACAUGAGUAUGUUCAUCUUGUUCAAUGUAUACCAAAUCUAUGUGCCACUAUGUGGCAUCCGUUUUGGAUUGGAAAUUAAGUAGGCUGAUUUAUUUAUUAACUAUCAUAUCAACUUGUGGCACUACAGUGGGAGGAUUCCAAUGAAUUGUUAAAACUGGGAAGUUCCCUGUAUUAGUUGGUAGCAUGAGUUUUCCUUUGUUUUUC